GACUGCGAUAAGAGGAAAUUGUAGUCAAAUUUUUUUUAACGACUAUGCAAUCAAAUUAUAUUGGGAAAAUUCAAUAAUGGUCUCAUAUAGCAAAUUAUACAUAUUAAUACAUUGAUACUUUAGUUUCGGCUAACAGAUUUGAACUAUUUCUUUUCAAUUACGCUUUCAUAUCGAAUCUAAAAUCACAAAGUUAUAUCUAUUGGUUGAGACUAUUGGAUAUUGUAUGGAAUAAUAAUCAGGUGAUGUUACUCGAUAAAAAAUUUAUAUCUUAAAUGAACAUAAAGUUUCCAUAGAAUUGUUUGAUUUAUGAAAUGGUUGCCAAAGUUUUUCUGCUCACUAUUUGUGCAAUCAUCUCGACUGAGGUACUUACCUACUAUAUCUCCAAAUAUCUUAGUUCGGCCGAAAAUUAUGAGAGAUUCCAAAAAUUAGAAGAUUUCCCGAAAGUUAAUAUUAAUAAUACACUAGUAUAUCUGCAAGAAGAUCCAAUAUUUUUUGCUCGUUUAUUCUCAGAUUUAAUGCACAACAUUGAGCCCUUCGUGAGAGGUCUAAUGGGCUAUAAUAGAUUGAAAAUUGGUAAACUAGCUAAUGAAACACUACAUGAUAUUGAAAAUAUAAUAAAUGGUACAACACUGAAUAAAAGAAGAAGACGUUGCUUUGAUGAGAACAAAAGGAUUCUACUUCUCAUUUAUCAGAACGCUGCAUCCGAUUGGCAGUGUAUGAAAAUUCACAUGAUAAAACUAUUUGAUAUAAUUGUACCUCUAUGGGAAACGCUUUUUAGUUUUACUAUCAUCAAUGAUGCAGAAUGCGGUCUUAAUCCAUUUUGUCUCCUCAGUAAAGGUGUCGAUACUGCAAAACUAUCUACAGAAAUGUUGGAGCAUGGCGCUUCUAUAAUGAGCUUUGGAGCUGAUUUUGUGUUAGAUACGAGGAUAUGUCAAAAGGAAAUUACACCUUUUCAGAAAAUAUCUACCGUGAUCCUGGAAAAUUUCAGGAUAUGUGCUCUUAUUCCAUAGGAAUUCUUCGUAAGGCAAAAUUUCAAGAUGAAGCAUUAAAAGAAAAUAUAAUUAAAUUGCAUGAGAUUAUAAAUAAAACAUUUUCCUUG